GUAAACAUUUCAUUCAGUUCAGUCAUCGACACAGUGUCAACAGAGCACAGUACAGUGUGGACACACCGGGGCACACAGGGACAGAGGACUCCAGCUCCAGAACAACCAUCUAUCAAAAUGAACUCCGAACCCGUCGUCAUCGUCUCUGCUGCACGGACACCAAUUGGGUCCCUGGGUGGUGCACUGUCCACGGUGCCUCUGCAUGACCUGGGUUCGGUGGUGAUCAAGGACGUCCUGAAGCGGGCUGCCGUGAAGCCAGAAGACGUAUCUGAGGUCAUAAUGGGACACGUCCUAACAGCAGGUAACGGGCAAAAUCCGGCACGCCAGGCCAGCGUUGGAGCAGGUAUCCCCUAUCCUGUCCCGGCAUGGAGCUGCCAGAUGGUGUGUGGCUCUGGACUGAAAGCUGUGUGUCUGGGAGCUCAGUCCGUCCAGCUUGGAGAAGCCUCUGUGGUGGUGGCGGGAGGCAUGGAGAGCAUGAGCAGGGCUCCUCACACAGUACAAAUGAGGGCGGGGUUGAAGAUGGGCGACGCCUCCCUGCAGGACUCCAUGGUGGCCGACGGCCUCACAGACGCCUUCCACGGCUACCACAUGGGAAUCACAGCUGAGAACGUGGCGAAGCAGUGGAGCGUCACUCGGCAGGAGCAGGACCACUUCGCCGUCCAGUCUCAGAACAAAACGGAGGCCGCGCAGAAGGCAGGACAUUUUGAUCGGGAGAUUGUACCCGUCAUGGUGCCGUCCAGAAAAGGUCCAGUGGAAGUGAAGGUUGAUGAGUUUCCUCGACACGGCAGCAGCAUGGACGCCAUGUCCAAGCUGAGACCCUGCUUCAUUAAAGACAACAGCGGCACCGUCACCGCUGGAAACGCUUCAGGUAUAAAUGACGGAGCAGCAGCCACUGUUCUAAUGAGCCAAUCAGAGGCUGUGAAGCGAGGUUUAAAACCCAUGGCCAGAAUCGUGUCGUGGGCUCAAGCCGGCCUUGACCCGUCCAUCAUGGGAACUGGGCCGAUACCAGCCAUCAAGAAAGCGGUUGAGAAAGCCGGCUGGCAGCUGGACCAGGUUGAUUUAUUUGAGAUCAAUGAAGCAUUUGCUGCGCAGUCGAUUGCUGUGGUCAAAGAGCUGGGCCUAAACGUAGACAAGGUGAAUGUGUGCGGCGGUGCCAUUUCUCUGGGACAUCCCAUUGGUAUGUCUGGCUGCAGAGUGCUGGUGACUCUGCUACAUGCCCUCCAGAGGACUGGAGGACAUAAGGGAGUGGCGUCCCUCUGCAUCGGAGGAGGGAUGGGUAUCGCCAUGUGUGUGGAGAGGGACUGAGAUGCGUGUCUAAAUGCUGCUUAAGGGUUUGCACUUAAUCUUAUAUUGAGGGAUAAUUUAUCUUACUGUUUACACUGCAGGGUAAAAGCUUAAGUUUACCCGUUUUCUUCCAGUCACUGUACUUGAGGCAACGUGAGGUUAUUGUGCGAUCUUAUCCAGCGAUGGCUAACUAUUCUCACUGUGAAAUGAAACCUUCCUCAGGUUUUACCGUGUAUGUUUAUGACUUAAUGUUGGAUCUUAAGUGUCUUGUCAGUAUAAAUAUGAUAUAAAAGG